CCGAUAGCCAAUAGCCGCGGGCUCCGAGCACGCCCUCCCUCGGCUAGGGAGCUCCGCCGUCCGCGGCUCAAACGGCGCGCGACUCCGGCGCGCACACUCGCACCGAUGCGCGGCUCCUGGGACGAGUCCACGACGGCGGCGCUGCACGCGCGCAUCCUGGAGGCGCAGCGCGGGCCCGCGGCCGAGCCCGCAGCCUGCGCUGACCCACCCGCGCCGUUGUCUCUGGCCGCGCUCGAGCUGGCCGCUCCGACUCCUCUGCUGCCGCUACCCACGCUGUCCUUCAGCGCGGCGCAGGUGGCCACCGUCUGCGAGACCCUGGAGGAGAGUGGUGACGUGGAGCGCCUUGCGCGCUUCCUGUGGUCCCUGCCGGUGGCACACCCCAACGUUGCCGAGCUGGAGCGCUGCGAGGCGGUGCUUCGGGCGCGGGCCGUUGUCGCCUUCCACGCCGGCCGCCACCGGGAGCUCUACUCGAUUCUCGAGAGACAUCGGUUCCAGCGCUCGAGCCACGCGAAACUACAGGCUCUAUGGCUCGAAGCCCACUACCAAGAGGCCGAGCGACUCCGAGGCCGUCCGCUCGGCCCCGUCGACAAAUACCGCGUGCGGAAGAAGUUCCCCCUGCCGAGAACCAUAUGGGACGGCGAACAGAAGACGCACUGCUUCAAGGAACGGACGAGGUCGCUGCUGAGGGAGUGGUAUCUCCAGGACCCGUAUCCGAACCCCACAAAGAAACGCGAGCUGGCGGCGGCGACGGGCUUGACGCCGACCCAGGUGGGCAACUGGUUCAAGAACCGACGCCAGCGGGAUCGCGCCGCCGCCGCCAAGAACCGCUCCGCCGCCCUGGGCCGGGGCUUCGCCUCUUCGUCCACCUACGACGAGGACUCCGCGGACUCCGAGAUCAACGUGGACGAGGAAUAGACGGACCUCUAGUGUAAAUACUGGUGACGUUCAGUGAGGCGAGUGUGCAGUUCACUCGGUAUUGUUGUGAGCGAGUGCUUCAUGUUAUUAAGACCGAGCUGGUCCACGCGCUGUCCCGGGCGACAGGAGGCGCUCGGUUCAGCUCGGCCCGGCUCCGGCUUGUCGCGAUCCCUCGAGGUAUGACAGGGUUGAUUUUAGUAUUAUUUGACGCUAAAUGUAUUUAUUUAUUGUUCACUUAUUUAUAAACGAUGGAAAGCCCUCCGUCAGCCUUCCCGGAGUAUUUUAAGUUCUAAGAUGCUGCCAAUUAAAUACGAUUUAUUUAUCAUAUCACUAUUAGAUGUAAACUAUUAUGGUUGUAGAUUGUUCGUGGGAUAGAGUUUUAUAUUAGGGAGUGUAGACGGUACCUGAAUCUGAACAUCACUGCUGGCGAUUGGAGUUAGUUGACGAUUAGGUCUCUAUGACGACUUGCAUCAUCAGAAUUAAGAGACGCUGUAAUAGGCUUUUGAUUAUUUAAAACGUUCUAUGUACCGGACACGUUUAGGUAAGAUACAAUAUUCGCGCUCUACAACAAGUAGGCCUAUUCGAAGACUAGAUACAUAUACUGUUAUAUUCUGCCGUAAUAAUAGUGAAGAUUCAGUACAAUAUUCACAACUAAUGAACGAAAUAUACAUUGAUUGUGCUAUUAGUAGAAGAGUAAUAAUUUUUAGAAAACAAAAAAGUUUCCUUAGAAAAUUUAAUUUAAUUGUUAAAUGUUCCGUAAAUCGUCUGUUCCGCUAUAAACAUUGAGACCGUUAAAGGGCGAGCGUAGUUAUAAUAAUGAAAUUGUAACAAAAAGGUUCAUGAGGUCGGCUAAGAUAAUUUGAUCCAUACUCAAUAAGAAAAUAAUUAUAACUUAAAGGCCAUAGUACGUCGGCCUCCGUGGAAAUUACACACGUCUUGUUGGGAAGAAAUAAUUAUUUGCAUAAAUAUAGGCAAAUCAGUAUGUAGCAUCGUAAUUUAUAUGAAAAAUAAAAGUCAAGAAUCUUACCGUUAAAUGUAGUUGAGACCGAGUUUAAUAUUCAAUCAUGGUAGAUUAAAAAAUAGGAAAAAAGGUAUCUUUUCAAAUGGUUAUUAUUCCUUUUUUCCUGUCUAAAUAUACAUCACAUAGAAAUGUAGAAAAUGUAUGUCAUAGAAACGGGUUUUCAUUGUUAAUAACAAAAAAAAACGUCAGGAACCAAAUACGGCGUUUGAGAUAUUCAAGAAUUAAUUCAACAAUUAUAAUAACAUAAUUGCUAUGAAAUAACCUUAAAAGAGAUAAAAAAAUACAGUUAUUUGAAAGGUACAUUAGACAAGAAUGCUAAGGUACGCUCCCAACUGCUCAUAGUUUUAAUCGUUAUAAUGUAUUAAUCAAUCGAAGGAGGUACAUUUAUAAAGCAACAUGGAUGAAUGAAAAUUGUAUUGACCGUUAAUAUUAAAAAAAAAAAAAGUAAAAAUGCUCUCAUUGUCAUUUUUCAGCAGAUUCUUUCGUCUGAUUUAUUGCUUUAAUUUAAUUCUUGUUUGUACAAAUGAAUCCCUAUGAGUUAAUAGAUUUAUGUUUUAAGACAUAUAAUGUGAUUGUGAAUCGAUAUCUUUUUCGAUACAAAAUUAAGAGUGAUUUUUUUUAAGCCAAUCAUCAUCAGACAGUAUCGCUGAAAAUCCAAUUCAACGAAAACUAUGAUAUUAUCUGUGCAUGUAAAACGGAUUUCAUAAACUAUUGUUUAGACAGGUCGGCCGCCAUGUUGUUAUUGUAUCUGAGAUAUCCUUAAUAUUUUUGUAAAUUUCUUUUUGAACUCAUCCGAUAGCAGCUGUCAGAGAACGAGAAAUGUUUUAUAUGUAUAUACAAUUAUAUUAUGUUAACAAUAUUAUGAAUCUGCUUAUUUAUGUAACAACAAUAAAAUAACACAGAAUAAUAUUAUACGAUAUAUAUAACAAAGAACGAAUUUUAUGUAAUUAAUGAUUGUGAACUAUGAAAAAAAAAUACGUAGCUUCAAUAACCACCCAGUUUGUAAAUAUAUUAGAUAAUUAUCGAUUACCAUUGUAUAUAUUUGUUUUGUACGUGCAAUACAUGUUUGUUAUAUAUGUGAAACAGUUUCACGGAAGCCUAUUACAGUGACACGUGAACUAUAUGAGUUAUAAGACGAGUGUAAAAAUGUAUUAUAAAUGUAAAUAUAUUGAUACAGUCAUUAAAGUAAAUUGUUAAUAAAAAUAUAUUCGUAAACAAAAAAAAAAUGGAA